CAAAACUCACUUAACAAAUGUCUCACUUAGAAACAAUUGGGCUCAAUUGUGGGUUUAAGUCAAAAACUACCUGUAACAUGCUUACUAGUGCUGGAGUAUAUUCAGACUCUGAUCCUGUUUACCUGUCUAGUCAUAACUUGUUUUUUAAACUCAAAACAACUAUGCUUAAAAACCACCAUUAAACAAACAAAGAUUUGUAAAGGCAUUUGUAAAGGCAUUUAUUUGUAAAGGCAUUUAUUAUCUGCUUGCAAAUAAUUCUGGGUUCCGGAAUUUCUCACUCCAACAAAGGCAGCACCAGUGUUUCUGCUGUUCUCUACCAUAAUAUAUAUUUAUUUUUCAACCGCCAACUUUAAAGACAAAAGUUUCCCAAGUAGCUUAUACCUCCUUAACAUCACAAUAUAAAUAUUUUUUGGGAAAGUAGAAAGAAAAUCAUUUGUUUGUAGUCUAUAUAAAUAUAAGCAUGCAUUUAUACGGAAUAUAAGCAAGAGAUAGCCACAAGAAGCCAGGUAAAAUGCAACAAUACAUUUAAAGUUUAAUAGAUAAAAUAUACAUAUAAAGACAUUUAGAGAAUAAGAAAGGGUUUCCUGGUACUGUGGUCUGCAUUUCUCACUGGGAAAGACAUUCAGCCUCCAAUAAGCAGUCUCUCCAUUAUCUUUGUAAAUGAAUGAUACAUUUCCUAUCCUAACAUUUACACUUUUUUUACAUUUAUACAGUAACUUGCAAAUCCUCUAAAUACCAUUGUAAGCUUUAUUUCAGAAAUGUUCUUUGGCGUAAUUGCUACAUCUUGCAGGACCACAGGCAAAAAAACCCAGCUCAGUUAUGGAUACUUGUAAGCCUGGCAUAUCUAAAUUGUAGAACUAUUAAUAACAUUACUUCAAAGGCUGUUGAGAUAGUUGAAUUCUUUAUAAUUGGUUUGUACCAGCUAAUUCUUAGACUGGCUUCAAAUACUCAGAACUGAAGAGUCUGUAAAUAUUUGAGCACAUUUUAUUACUAAUGCAAUUACUACAAUAUGUAAGGGAAUGUGGUUUUUGAGAUACAAAAUUUGUUCUACAAACUUCCUUAAGAGUUUUACAUACAAACCUUCCUUUCUUUCUAACGUUUUCCUGCAAGUGCAGGUUCAGAUUCCCCCCCCCCCCCAUUAACCGGGUGUUGAUCCAUUGGUUACGAUAGGAACUGACCGACAGGCUUGUUGCUGGAACCUGACAUCACGUGGCCUGGAUAAGUGGUCCAAAAGUCCAAACAUUUCCGAUUGAAAGCCCUGCCGUUGAUAAUUUCUAUUUCAUUCACAAGUAAAAAAAAAAAAAAGGAAUCUGCUUCAUUUGGACGCCCCAUCUCUUGUGUGGGUGACACUGUUAUAGGAACACUUUUGGGGAAGCGUCAAAAGAAUGGCCGGAAGAUGGACUGCCAUUCUCUUACUCGUUGGAAGGUGGCGCUGUUAACAAUUCAAUUUAGCACUUUGCAGGCUAGGAAGAAAGACUUUCAAAUACGAAAGCGAUAUUUCAUUUUAUUCUUAUUGAAGAGGUUGAGGUCAAAAGCUAAGCAGGAUCUUGAGAGGGAUAGGCACGCGGCUUAGCCCGUGAAAUCAAACUUCCAAAAAGAAAGCGAACACCAGUUCUAUGCUUGUGCCAAGCCAGUUGAGCGGAGAGGCCUCAAGAAUCCGAGUUGGCUUCGAUUCUUACUAUGGAAUAAAGCCAAUUAAAUAAGGUCGGUCAGCUUGCAGUCAACACGCCGCGCCAACUCGGCCACUGUGAUGUAGAAACCGCGGUUUACGGCUUGCUGUCCUGGCUGAACGCUCGGCGAAACCCGGAACAGUAGAGGGCGCCGCCGGCUUCCGAGCCCUGCCCGGGGUCGCUGGCGGUCGACUGGAAAAGGAGAAGGGAGCCUAAUCAGCCGGCAGCAGCGAGGGCUGGGCCGCGCUUCAUGGGACCGCGCCGACCCAGCCCGUGAGGUGCCGCCCUCUGCCUGCUUGGCCAGAGAGAAGGAAUCGCCGCGGGCUUAAUGGCGGGCUUGGCUCUCCGCCUUCCCUUGGUGGUGCGGCUGUGGCGAAGGCAGAGCCUGCGGAGCUGCUCCUGGCCUCGGCUUCUCUUUCACCCAGCGGCCCCCGGCGGCGCAGCAUGGACCGCGGAGAAGCGCGGGGUCGCUGCUUUGCACCCCGGCACUCUUCGCCACGUGCCGCUCCUUGCCCGCUCCGCCUCCUCCUGGGCAGCCGCGGCCGACUCCUCGCGGAAGGAGCCGGGCGACCCUCAAGGAACCGAGCGGCCCCCGGCGGCAGGGCCCGACGAGCGCGAAGUCUCGGACGCUAAGAGGCUUUUGGCGCUGGCGUAUCCGGAGCGCUGGAAACUGUCAGCUGCUAUUGGAUUUUUGGCUGUUUCCAGUGUCAUCACUAUGUCUGCCCCUUUUUUCUUGGGGAAAGUUAUUGAUGUCGUUUACACAAAUCCAACCGGUGAACUUGCAGAGAACCUAUCUACACUCUGUGCCUUAUUAACUGGAAUAUUUAUGCUUGGUGCCGCUGCCAAUGGAAUACGUGUCUACCUCAUGCAGAUUUCAGGGCAAAGAAUUGUGAACCGUCUAAGAGCGACAAUAUUUUCUUCUCUUUUGAAACAAGAAGUAGCUUUUUUUGACAAAACCAGCACUGGAGAGCUGAUUAAUCGCUUGUCUUCAGACACAGCUCUCUUGGGCCGUUCAGUCACUGAAAACCUUUCGGAUGGGUUAAGAGCUGCAGGACAGGCCUCAGCUGCUAUCGGGAUGAUGUUUUUUGUGUCUCCCAAACUUGCUACAUUCGUCCUGACUGUAGUACCAUCUCUGGCUGUCAUAGCUGUGAUUUAUGGAACAUAUUUACGAAAACUGGCUAGAAUGACACAGGAUUCUCUUGCAGCAGCCACACAGUUAGCAGAAGAACGGAUUGGAAAUUUAAGAACAGUUCGAGCUUUUGGGCAUGAGUUAACUGAAAUGGAAAAAUAUGAGAACAAGAUUCAGUAUGUGCUACAAUUGGCCAAAAAGGAAGCAAUAGCUCGAGCAGGAUUCUUUGGAGCAACGGGGUUAUCAGGCAAUUUGAUUGUGCUUUUUGUUCUCUACAAAGGAGGAUUACUGAUGGGUGGUGCCCAUUUGACUGUUGGUGAACUGUCUUCUUUCUUAAUGUACGCUUUCUGGGUUGGCAUAAGCAUUAGAGGAUUAAGCUCUUUUUAUACUGACUUAAUGAAAGGUUUGGGAGCAGGAGGGCGUCUGUGGGAACUUAUUGAUCGAAAGCCACAACUACCUUUUAAUGAGGGAACAGUAUUAAGCCAGGAUGCUUUCAGAGGUGCUCUUGAGUUUAAAAAUGUCAAGUUUGCAUAUCCAACACGUCCAGAAACAUUGAUUUUUCAAGACUUUUCUCUCAGCAUGCCUGCAGGCUCUGUCAUGGCCCUAGUAGGCCCCAGUGGAUCUGGCAAAUCGACAGUUGUAUCUCUUCUUCUGAGGCUUUAUGAUCCCCUCUCAGGAAAUAUUACUGUUGAUGGGGUUGAUAUCUGUCAGCUAAACCCACUAUGGUUCAGGACUAAUAUCGGAACAGUAAGUCAGGAACCCACUCUGUUCUCAUGCUCUAUUGCUGAAAACAUAGCCUAUGGUGCAGAGGAUCCAUCCACAGUAACUCCUGCAGAAAUUGAGAGAGUUGCCAAAAUUGCAAAUGCUUCUAAUUUUAUCCAAAAAUUUCCACAAGGAUUCCAUACCUUAGUUGGAGAAAAAGGUAUUCUUCUUUCUGGUGGGCAGAAGCAGCGAAUUGCAAUUGCUCGAGCUCUUCUGAAGAAUCCCAAAAUUCUUCUUCUUGAUGAAGCAACAAGUGCUUUGGAUGCUGAAAAUGAGUAUCUUGUCCAAGAAGCGUUGGAUCGACUGAUGGAAGGCAGAACUGUUCUUAUUAUUGCACAUCGACUCUCCACCAUUCAGAAUGCUAAUUCUGUUGCAGUUCUGGACCAAGGCAGAAUAGUUGAGUGUGGAAAGCAUGAAACACUGCUUGCAAACCCAAAUGGACUUUUCAGCAAAUUAAUGAAAAAACAGUCUUUUAUCCAAAAUAUUGAACAUUUUGCAUCUAAUUGAAAAAUAUCCUUUUUAAAAAAAGGAAUGAAAAGGUGUAACUAGGGAAGAAAAAUGUAAUAUUUCCAAGAAUUUAAAUUAUGUUUCAAUAAAUGUGUUGUAUAUAUUUUUCAAUGUACUUCAGAUAUUUGCAAAAAUUUAUUAUCUUAAGCUUUUUAUUCAAAGCAUUUAAGUAAUUAUAUUGUGGUGCAAUCCAAGAGUGAAUUGUUUUUAAGAUUCUAUAGUUGCUAUGUGAUUAAUGCAGGGAUAGAUAUACUUUCCAGACCCAGGUGCCAUUGUAUAACCUGGUUACUUCCUUCCCAAAUCAAAGAAAUUUAAGAAGUUUGACAAGUUUUUGUAAAGGAUCUACAUGGGAGUACAGUUAAGUACCAUACUGCUAAUCCCUAGAUUAAUGGAUAUAUCACGAGUGCUUGCAGAAUUUAAUUUUAUGAUUUGGCAGCCUACUUUGAAUUUUCAGCUAGUUUAUUUUCACCCCAAAUAUCUUUUCAUACUUUUCUUCCUAUUAAAUUAUUAUGAUUUUAAUAAUUUUAUAAUUACUAUGAAGAUAAACUGGAUUCACAAAAACAAAAACCCUCAUGUUUUGGUCAACAUUAAGACAAAGAAGAAUAUUAUUAGUCAAGUAAAUUCUACCACAUACCUGCUGUUAAAAUAUUUGAUUUCUUUAGGUUCCUGACUGUGUAUCAAGAAAUAACUUAUCCAGCAUAUUAUGUUUUGCUGAUGGUAUCUUGAUGUAUGUUUGUCUUUUGUCUUUCAAACCACUCUAUUCCAUUUUCCCUUUCCCUUUUUAAAAUGAUCAGUAUUUUGUAGCCAGAAAACAUAAGACCUGUUCUCUUUGAGGAUUCUCCCCUUUAAGGGAAAACAGCAAUAAUACUUUAAAAAUUAAUUUUAAUUACUGGCAAAUUACUGGUCAGUCUGUUGCUAUCUAGCCAAUCUACUGAUAUACAGUAUAUAAAUAGUUAGUUUACUCAUACAGAAACCCAUACUGCUUUGUACCAUAUGCACAGAUGGAGGGAAAGGAUCAUCAAUAUUAUAUUUUCAAUAGUAUUCAGCUAAACAUGGGUAAGAAAGUGGGAAGUGAUAGUAUUACUUAAUGUGCCACCAGUAACACACAAUGCGUUGAACUUAGAAUUCACUGAAUGAUCUAAUGUAUAAAAUGGAAGUACUGUAGAUAAACCAAAGAUAUGAUAAAUGUUCAAAGAAUAUUAACUGCAAGAAACGUAUUCCCAUAAUUUCACUUUAUAUUUGGUUGAUAUGAUGGUAUACAGUACUGUCUUAUGUAAUGACUUCUCUCUAAAUUGACUUAUCAAAGGUUGAUUCCAAAAUGCCAUAGUUACAUUUUCUAAGUAAGUUGAAGUCACGAAUCAUACUGAGAGAAGGGGAAAAAAUGAUGUAGCUCUAAAUGCACAUAUACUAUGGGUUGAAGUCAGAUUAGAUUAGAAAUUAGAACACUUAUCUAUUGGAUGCCCAAAAGCUGUCCCCAAGCUUUUCCAAAAAAUUUUGUGCAAGCAAACAACCAAGCUCAGACAGCACCAAGGACCGCAUAAAUAUAAUACUAUUGAUUAGAACAAAAUGGAAAUUUCACGGAACUUUCUUUCCAUGACAUUUCCAUUGUUGGAAUGUUGUUAAUAAAUGAAACUUUUCACAAUUUUCACAAAUUAUGAUGCUGAUUAUAAUGAUAAAUUAUUUUGAAGAAAUUCAGUUAUUUUCACAUUAAUUUCAAAUACUGUAGAAAAACUCCUGGAUUUUUUCUUCACUAACAGACUUCAUUAUCAUUGGUCCCUCCAAUUUAGUGACACAUAAAGUUGAAAUUGUAAUGAUUUAUGUUCCAUUCAAUUGGCCAUGAGGGCUAUAAUUGGCAUCAUGCUUAUGGCUCUGUAGUUUUUUUAAAUCUCAGUUGUCUUAAUGUUAUUUAACUGAUCAGAACAAAAAUAGUUUUUUAGUCCUACAAAGAAGUAGUUAUUUAUCAUUCUUAAUUCCUGGUUCCCAGGGGAUACACAGUGGGAUAAUGGAAAUAUUUAGUAAUGCAGUCUAAAAGCAAGCUUAUCUAAUUUUGAUAUAAAGAACAUUUUUGUACUCUUUGUUCCCUAGUUCUUGUCAGUAAUAUUUUGUAUAACAAUAAAAUGUAUUAAUAAACUA